AUGGCCGCGGAAGAACAAAUACCCGGCGAUGUUAUUAGCAUCGGGGGAAGCGACAGUGAAGCAGAUAUCAGCCACGUCGAAAAGCGAUCAUUAGCUGAUGUUGAUGGUGACAACGGCGAGGAGAACCAGCCCUCUCACCCUUUCAAGCGCGCCAAAUUCAGCCGUCCAUCGCUUAGCAGCAACGCAAGCAAGGCGUCCGAGGAGGGCGAAAUAGAAGAGAGCUUUUCAAAGUCCGUCGGCAGCCAAUCUGGGCAUUCAGACAGCCAGCUGAUCGCCAAGUCGUUUGUUCCUUCGGACCCGCCACUCUUCGAAACCGAUGCCGUCACUCUGAGGCUGCCAGCGCUCUCAAGGAAAAAGGAAGGCUCGUGGGUGGAGCGCGUCUCGGACUGGACCAAUGUUUUGUGCACAAUCAACUUUGAUCACGUGGCCGAGAUCAAGCCGCCGACGGUUGUAUCGGCCUUUGGUCAAUACAUUGACGUUUACAGCGGCUUGAAACCAGCGAAAAAGAGGACGGCGAAGCAGACUGUCCGCGCCAUGGAGGAGUCAGGCAAGAUUUCCGUCAUCAUUGCCGGUGCCAAGCCGCCACUCCCUACGCCUGUUCAACGGGCAGGCGGGGUGCAAGAUGGCGAGGUUGUCAACUCACCGGAAUACGAUCCGAGUGACUCUAUUGUGCAGGAAAGCGGCCAGCUUGCCAACGGUCAGACAAAUGGUGCUGCUAUAACCAAGAAUGGUAUACCAUUACCCACAGCAGAACAGACAGCGGAACAGCGUCGAUAUUUUCCUUCUGCGGAAAUUGGUGUUCACAUGUGCGUUCUGUGUGGCGGCAAAGGCCACGUCGCUGACGCCUGCAGCCACACGAAAUGUAAGUUCUGCGGAGAAACCGGCCACUGGGCAUUUAGCUGCAAAGCCAUACCAGCCAGAUGCGGGAAAUGCCGACAACUUGGCCACGACACUUCGUCCUGCGUGGAGAAGCUGGCCCUCACAAAGGACGAGGGCCUGGCCUGUGCCUACUGCUCGAUGGAGCAUCAUCUUGAAGGUGAGUGUACAGAGCCUUGGCGAUCAUUCCACGCCGAGGGAGACACCGUGCUGCGAGUCAUUGCUAUUCAGGCGUCUUGCGCUGUAUGUGGUUCGCGAAACCACUUUGCAUCGGACUGCUCCCAAAGGGGCGAUCGGCCUUUUAAUCCAUCGUGGACACUUCGAAACCGAGACAUCUAUGUAGAUGCCAACUGCGGCAACGAGUCCAUUGAAGAGGCCGCCAGUCUGCACCCUGGUGCGAAACCCAAAACGGGCCGACAACAAGCGAAGACGGCACGCGGACCUUCCUCGCGCACGCUAAAUGUGCACUACUCCGAGAGCGACGACUCUGAUGCGGACCUGCUCAGCCACCGGGCCGCACCGCGACAGGGACGGCUACCGCUGGGCCGCAUGCAAAUGUCGACCAACAUCCAGAUGCCUGCUACGCUCGGAGGCCACAUGGUCCAGCCGCCGCUUCCACCGGGACCUCCUCCUCCUAUACCACCCCCUCCACCGAGACACAACCCGCCACGCCAACCUCCGCCUCCAGGCACGUCGAGCUACAGUAGAAACCCGCGUGGACCGCCGCCUUCACUGCCCGCCAAGCCGCCAGCGUCGCGGAACAACCGCGGGCUCCCGCCGCCUCCACCGCCGCCAUCUAGAGGCCGUGGUGGCGGCCGUGGACGGGGUGGUCCCACACGUGGUCGGGGCAGUCGUGGAGGCGGAGGCGGAGGCGGCAGUGGACGAGGGCGGGGACGGCGAUGA